GAACCUAAUCACAUGCAUACUUCCACCUUUUUAACUCCACUCAUGGAGUACUUUUGCUUUCCCUUUAUAUGGUGGUGAGCUUUGGAGGCAAGCUGAAGGAUGUCGCAGUGGGGAUGACCGAGUACAUGAGAGAAAGAGGGGGCGACUUCUUACGCCCCCAGCUCUUGUUUGCCUUGCCAUUCUCCACCCGCCGGAACACGACCUGGGCAACCAUCAGGGGCUGGAAGAUCCCUGACUUUUAUGAGGUGACUGGCAGAAGGGAACAAAGGGUGAAAAAGAUGAGAUUGAUCAAGGCUUAUGGUUGGGUUAUGUGCAUCAGUGACCAGCUCCCCAAACUGGGGUUGAAUGGUCUGGGCACUAUGGGGUUUGAAGACAUGUUGACAACCAAAGAGAUGGGCUUCAUGGAGUUGGGUGCUGGGGGGUAUGCUCUGUGUUUGCUUAGACACACAAUAAAGUCUGAGAUGAGAGUUGGGUUUGGGUCAAGUUCAGAGCACUUCUACACUACUGACUUCCCACUCACUAGAUCCAGUGUAAAGUUUGAUGGUGGAGAAGAGUCUGCUCUUGUUGUGGAGGAGAGCAUUCUCAUAAAUCAGUUGGACUUUUAAUUUACUAUUUGAGAAGUGGUUCCUAAUGGAUUCUUGUUGUUUCUAACUAAAUUAUUCUGUUUUUUUUAACUUAGUAAAUUAUACGGAGUAAUUUAAAAUUUAGAAGAAAAAAAUGAUUAGUAUCAGAAUUGGAUCGAGAAUCGUCCGGGAGCCAGUCUGCAUUGUCACUGAUUAACGUACCCUUCGCCUGUACUGAGAAUUGAAGAAAAUCCUCUUGAGGUA